GACGGGUCUUCACACACAUCUCGAUGGUCGAUGCGAUCAGUGCGUCUUCGACGGUCAGUUAAGAAACAUCGACAUUGACGCACAUCGUAAUAAUUUAAAAUUUAUUCACAUAAAUAAACUUUAAGCAAUUAAAAUACAACUAAAAUGAACGAAGUACAAAAGUUGUUCAUAGCUGCAAUUUGCGCAUGCGCGCUAGCGGAAACACGAAGUGCGCCAAGGCGCAGUGCGUCCACAACUUUCGAUCAGAAACAAACCGGCGAGUACAAUAUUCAGCUACAUUUGAAAGAUUUUCAAAUUAUAGCUGUGGUCGGUGACGAUUCAUUUGGAGGUUUGGGUGAUUAUGACUACAACUACGAUUAUUCCGAUUUUACGGUAAAACCGAGCACAUCAUCUAGUACAACAACUAAGAAACCAUCCACUUCGGAUUCAACACAAAAUGGCGACCUAUCGUCUGUUGACUUUUCAAUCCUGGACCUAACCUCAAAACCAACCACAAAAAAACCAGCCGGAACACAUCCCUAUCCAAUUAUUUCACCUUCAACAACCCUUAAACCACUUUUAACCACGCCAACGACAACUACCACAACGAAAAAAACAGUUGCAGACGAUACAAGCACCCAUACACUAGUAUCUAAACUCCCUCUACCGUCUGUAAAUGGAAACACGCCGCCUACAAUGGUGGAACAUGAAGUUGUCUCGGAAAAUAUCGAGAAAGUAAGUACGGCCGCCCCAUCAACAGUUAAAAUCAUAACUUCACCACCCAUUACAACCACAACGGCUGCGUUGACGACAAUUAAAAAAGUUUCCGUCACAACCACCCGAGCAACAACUGUCAAACCAAUAGUGUCCAUUCCAGGACAAAUUCCGGUUGUAGUGCAGGAUUUUUCAAUCGUGCGAAAUGAAACGCCGAUUGUGAAAGAUAAGAACCCAGAAAGCACAAAUAUAAAAGAUAAGAAAGGCGAUGUUGUUACAAGUGUAACAAUCGUACCAUUGGAAGAUGCCAAUGACGGUAAUUUGGGAGAGGUCGCUGUCAACGAGCAGCCGACACUCGGCGAAAUCCUGCAUUAUCGGCGCUGCGCUCAGGGCUACCAACGUGACAAGCGCGGCCGCUGCAGGAAAGUCCGCAGGCCACAAAUUUCAAUGGGACUGACUAGGUUCGCAUCGAACUUUGCCUCACGAUUCCGGCAGGCUGGAAACCCAUCAAGCGACGAACUUCGUGACGACACGGCGGUGUAAUCAUCUCAAUGCCAUAUUGUCUGCCUUUAACUGUAGCACGUAGUAUUUAUUUUGUUUGGCGUAGCAAACGUAGUGAGGACUCGACACACGCACACUGUACUUAUCUAAAAUAAGAAGUAUUUGCGUGUUUCAUUGGUUUUCAUUGAUUUAAGUUUAAAAAAUAACAAAGAAACAAAUAAAAUAAAAACAAUUUUUCAAAUAUCUAAGAAA